AUGGCCUCUCUGGAUGUAACAGCAGCUCGCGCUCGCUUCCCUGCGUUGCAGCAGGAACAGGUGUUUAUGGACAAUGCAGGUGGAAGUCAGGUUCUCGAUACCGUGGCGGACUCCAUCCGUUCAUACCUUUUGAACACGAAUGUCCAGCUUGGUGCCACCUAUGGAGUCUCCAAGUCUUCAACAAAUGCAUACUCGAACGCAUACAAGGUGGCUGCUGGAUUCAUCAAUGCGGCAACUGAAGAGAUCAGUAUUGGUGUCUCAACCACCCAGCUACUGCACAACAUCUCUAUAGCUCUCACAUUCCAGCCUGGUGACGAGCUCAUCCUGUCCAAACUCAACCAUGAGGCCAACAUCGCCCCGUGGGUCCAGGUCGCAGAGCGGUUGGGCUUGACGGUGAAGUGGUGGGCAGCUUCUGAUCCAAAGAACCCCGUCUGUGACCCGGCUGAGUUGAAGACUUUGCUCACCAAUAAGACUCGGCUUGUGUCAUGCCCGCACACAUCUAAUAUCACCGGCACCAUCAGCCCGGUCCGAGAGAUUGCAGACACGGUCCAUGCAUAUCCUCGUGCACUGCUAUGUGUGGAUGGAGUGGCUUUGGCACCCCAUCGCCAAGUUGAUGUGAAGGCUUUGGAUGUGGACUUCUACGCCUUCUCCUGGUACAAGGUGUAUGGGCCACACCUGGCACAACUAUAUGCCUCAUCACGCAUCCAUGACCAGAUCCAGUCGCUGGGCCAUUUCUUCAAGGCCACCAACACACUGGAUUUGAAGCUUAACCUUGCGUCCGCAAAUUACGAGCUCACUCAGAGUAUUCCCCGCGUGGUGGAGUACUUUGGCUCCGAGCCUAGCACACGCUGGGCCCAGAUGGCGGAGCACGAAGAGCGGCUGCAGCAGAUCCUCCUUGAGUUCUUGGCUGCCGAUAGCCGUAUUACUAUUAUUGGGGAACCGUCGGCACGCAAGGAGCUCCGUGUACCUGUCAUCAGUUUUGUCGUACAGGGUGUGGGCAGCCAACAGCUGGUAGAAGCAGUUGAGCGCCGGUCGGCGUUUGGAUUCCGCAGUGGUCAUAUGUACAGCCACCGGUUGCUGGCCGAGGUAUGCGGGCUGCCGGAUGUGGAGGAUGGGGUGGUGCGGGUCAGCCUGCUGCAUUACAACACUGAGGCCGAGGUGCAGGGGCUGGUAGCACUGCUACGAGAGGAAGUGUCUGCCGUCGCCUACGUCGCAAAAGACGGCUUUGUCUCCUCGGCCCUCGUUCCCGGUUUCCUGCUUAACGGUUUCUUCACACGGUACAAAUCGGACCAUCUCGCCCUAUCCGAAAUGAACCCGGAUAUGUCAGGGAUGGACGUCUUGGGUUUGAACGCUUCAAACUCAGGUUCUCAAUUGACAGCGUCUCACCACGCUCACCCUUACUCCUCGAUCUCCUCCGCGUCUUCCUCUUCCUCCUCCGUCUUCUCCCUCGACUGCGUCUCCUCCAUCUCGUCGACCUCCACCAACCCCGUUGAUGUGUGGGACAAUGAAGGAAACAGUCAAAGAAGUACCGGAUUUUGCUCCCGGCCUUGCAAAGGAUCUGCCCCCAAGGGGGAUGGUGUGGUGCCGUCCGAGUUGCGAACGCAUCCUCGACGCACUAACAGUUAUGCCUCUAGCGCUCCCAGCGCGCGGCCUCCGCCCUGUCUGCUCCGCCAGUCCGAGCGGAAGGUGAACUUUGUCGAUAAUCUCGUCGAUACCGCGUCCCAGAUCGUAGAGACUAUCUGGCCUCUGUCCGCCGCAGCAUCCCGCAGUGAUGCUGCGACUGGAUCUAAAGGCGUUCUUCCCCUCCGCAUCUUCAUCCAAGAAACACUCCGACGCUCGCGUACUAGCUAUAGUACCCUGCAGGUGGCGUUGUAUUAUUUGAUUAAGGUUAAGCCCCACGUGCCCACUCAUGACUUUACCAAGGAGCAACCUCGGGAUCAGUCGCUCUUGCGGGCCAUGCAGUGUGGGCGUCGGAUGUUCCUGGCGGCGCUGAUUCUCGCUUCCAAGUAUCUGCAGGACCGCAAUUAUUCCGCUCGUGCCUGGAGCAAGAUUUCUGGUCUCAACACUCUGGAGAUCAACCAGAAUGAACUGAUGUUCCUCAAGGCCGUCGGAUGGCGCCUGCAUAUCGACGAAGCGACUUUCCAGCGCUGGACCGAUCUGGUCUUGAAGUUGACUCCUGGUGCCGGUGGUCCUCCGGUUGCUGAAGGUCAGUGUUGGCAGACGGUCCUACCCAGACUCACUCCUGAACUGGACUCUGUAGAGUCAGAGCCGAUGACCCCGGUCCCUGCUAUGGGGAUGGAUCUUGGAUUGUCCGAGUCUCCCUCACCUCGCAGUAUGCCGAGCAACGAGUAUCUCUCUCGCGAGCGGACUUCCUGCCCACGGGAUCUUCCCCGGACACUGGAGCCGACUCCGCGCAUGGAGCUUCCGAGCCUGGCUCUGCCCGGGGUCCCGCGUCCUUCCAUGCUUCCUACGCCUCAGAUGACUCCUCAAUCUCAGGUGGCCUCCACUCCCGCUGCGAGUGCGGCUGCCUACUCUAGUCGCUCAGCUAUCAGUUCGGCUAUGUACCAGGCGCAGAAUGCGUGCAUGGCGCGAUCGACUCUCGAUCAGCGCCCCCCUCUGUCAUUCUGCCCUCGGUCUCAGUCGUUCGAUGGUUACCCGGCUACGGUUCGCCGGUCAUCUUUGGCUCGCUCGACCUCUUCGGCUUCAUCUCCCGAAUCUAUGGUGUCGGAUGUGUCAACCCUGUCGUCCCGCUCAUCGCGCUCGUCGUCGGUUUCGUCCAAUGCCUCGGGAACCUGCGGGUCUGCACCAGCUCGUCUGGCCGUCAAGGCUACCUUGCGCUGCACCAGCAACUCCCUGAAGGAGUCCCGGAAGACCUUGGCUAUCGCCUCACCAAUCGAUGAGGCUUCUCGAGUCGGUGUCUACAGCUCUCCUGAAUACCCCAGUUCUAUGGGUUCCUCAGUCCCCGACCUGUCUGCAUUCUCCCUGGAUCCCAGUCUGAAUGAAGCCGCUCAGAGUCUCUGCGAACUUUCCGGUGCUACGCCAGAGCGGCGCCAGUGCCGGAAACGUGGACGCACUGGAUCUGAUGAUCAACUGCUUCAGAACCAUGUGCGCCACCUGAUGAAUCUCAGUGCCUCCGGUGAACACACCGUGGUGCCCGAUGGUCAGCUACCGCACUCGUUUAUGAUGCAACAUGAGAAUAAUUCUAUCUCCCAGCGAACUGGUCCCGUCUCAGGACCAGUCGGCAUGAAACGUGCCUGCUGCGGCAGUGAAGCACGCAAGGUCGCUAUGAACCCGACCUUACGCGUUGCUGAGUUCUUGAAUUGA